AUGAAGAAGCUCCAGAUCAACAUUCCUUUCACUGAAGCUAUGGAAGAAAUGCCCACAUAUGCUAGAUUAAUGAAGGAUUUGUUUACCAAGAAGAGAAGGAUUCUUGAAGAGGAAACCGUGGAGCUUGAAGCAGGGUGCAAUGCUAUUAUACAGAAGUCUCUACCCCAGAAAUCCAGAGAUCUGGGCAGUUUCACUCUUCCAGUGACUAUUGGAAAUUUAUCAAUGGGAAAGACACUUAUAGAUCUUGGUGCUAGUAUCAAUUUGAUACCUUUAUCUAUGCUAAAGAAAAUUAGAGAUGUGGAAGUACGUCCUACAAGGAUGACCUUGAAGCUAACAGAUAGAUCAGUGAAACUUCCACAUGGCAUAGUUGAAGAUAUGAUAGUAAAGGUGGACAAAUUCAUGUUUCCAGUGGAUUUUGUAGUAAUGGAUAUAGAAGAGGAUGUAGAGGUUCCUUUGAUUCUAGGUAGACCAUUCAUAAAGAUAGCCCGAGUUAUCAUUGACAUGGAUGACGGAAAGCUAAAGGUGCGAGUUCAAGAUAAUGAGGUUAUUUUUAAUGUGUUUGAAGCAAUGAAGUUUCUAAAAGGUACCAAAGAAUGUUUUAGAGUUGAUGUAUUGGAUGAUGUGUACUUGAAAGCUCAAGGCAAUCUUAGGAACUCAUCACCACUUGAAAAAGUUUUGUUUGAUGCUGAUGAGGAGUUUGAUAAGACUUUAGACAAGGAAGUGCAAGAGUGUAUUGACAAUUUGAAUAAAGGUGAAAGUUCUUUUACUAAUGCUCAUUUGCAAGAAGAUGUGAGGGAAGAAGAGAAAGUGCAACCUGUAAAGCUAGAACUGAAGCAACUACCAUCUCACUUGAAAUAUGUCUUUUUAGACAGUGAUAUUGGGAAGCCAAAUAUUAUUAGCAGUCAUUUGUCAAAGGAGCAAGAGAAUCAAUUGAUUGAGGCGAUCAAGGCCAAUAAAGGUGCUAUUGGGUGGACUUUAGCAUAUUUAAAGGGAAUUAGUCCUUCAUAUUGUAUGCAUAAGAUACACAUAUAG